AUGUAUCCAAAUACAUGCCAGUGUUACGAAUCCAUGUAUCCAAAUACAUGCCAGUGUUACGAAUCCAUGUAUCCAAAUACAUGCCAGUGUUACGAAUCCAUGUAUCCAAAUACAUGCCAGUAUUACGAAUCCAGACAUCCAAAUACAUGCCAGUGUUACGAAUCCAUGCAUCCAAAUACAUGCCAGUGUUACGAAUCCAGAUAUCCAAAUACAUGCCACUGCUACGAAUCCAUACAUCCAAAUACAUGCCAGUGUUACGAAUCCAUACAUCCAAAUACAUGCCAGUGUUACGAAUCCAGACAUCCAAAUACAUGCCAGUGUUACGAAUCCAGACAUCCAAAUACAUGCCAGUGUUACGAAUCCAUACAUCCAAAUACAUGCCAGUGUUACGAAUCCAUGUAUGUAAAUACAUGCCAGUGUUACGAAUCCAUUCAUCCAAAUACAUGCCAGUGUUACGAAUCCAGACAUCCAAAUACAUGCCAGUGUUACGAAUCCAGACAUCCAAAUACAUGCCAGUGUUACGAAUCCAGACAUCCAAAUACAUGCCAGUGUUACGAAUCCAGACAUCCAAAUACAUGCCAGUGUUACGAAUCCAGACAUCCAAAUACAUGCCAGUGUUACGAAUCCAGACAUCCAAAUACAUGCCAGUGUUACGAAUCCAGACAUCCAAAUACAUGCCAGUGUUACGAAUCCAGACAUCCAAAUACAUGCCAGUGUUACGAAUCCAUACAUCCAAAUACAUGCCAGUGUUACGAAUCCAUGUAUGUAAAUACAUGCCAGUGUUACGAAUCCAUUCAUCCAAAUACAUGCCAGUGUUACGAAUCCAGACAUCCAAAUACAUGCCAGUGUUACGAAUCCAGACAUCCAAAUACAUGCCAGUGUUACGAAUCCAGACAUCCAAAUACAUGCCAGUGUUACGAAUCCAGACAUCCAAAUACAUGCCAGUGUUACGAAUCCAGACAUCCAAAUACAUGCCAGUGUUACGAAUCCAGACAUCCAAAUACAUGCCAGUGUUACGAAUCCAGACAUCCAAAUACAUGCCAGUGUUACGAAUCCAGACAUCCAAAUACAUGCCAGUGUUACGAAUCCAGACAUCCAAAUACAUGCCAGUGUUACGAAUCCAGACAUCCAAAUACAUGCCAGUGUUACGAAUCCAGACAUUCGUAA